CCGUCUUUUUGACUUUCCACAAACCUGUGACUUGGUUACAGGCGAAUCAUUUUUCCCCAAACUAAAACACCUGGUGCUGCAGAAUAACAUGAUAUCUUCAAUAAAAGAUCCUGUCUGUCUUCCGAAUCUGUCCAACCUCACUCUCACAUUCAACAGAUUCCACAUUUUUGAAAGCAAUACGUUUGGAAAUGCACGCUUUCCAAGUCUUCAAAACCUUGAACUGACUCAAAUGGAAGAUAAAAUAGUUGGCAUCGAAAGAUUCGCCUUUAACAAUUCUCAGCUGAAGUACCUUGGUUUUGCCUUUAACUACAUCGACUUGUCCUCUCAGACAGUUCUCCAUGACGACGCUUUUGGUGGAAGUACAGGCAUCACAACAUUCUAUUUCGAUUACUGUAUGUUUAAGACAGUAAGUAACGAGAGAUUUCACAUACUUUUCCAUCCGUUGAAGAAGAUACAGAAUUUGUAUCUAGGCUAUUGCCAAAUUUCUAGUAUUAGCCAUGAUACAUUUUCGCCUUUUGUGAGCUUGGUAUCCUUGCAUUUACACGGCAACCUGAUCAGAUUCUUACCAGAUGGAUGUUUUUCAACCUUGACAAAGCUGAAAGUUCUGGCUCUCAACAACAAUCGCAUCAGUGUCAUCUCAAAGAAUACAUUUGACGAGGAGACGCAUGACAGGCUACAGGAAAUAGACCUCAGUGGAAACCCGUUCUAUUGUUCCUGCGAUAUCCGUUGGUUUAAAGAGUGGAUGAUUUCGCGACAUAACCCGUUUGUCAACUAUGCGCAAGAAGGAUACAUGUGUGACAACAUCCUAAAUACUCAUGUACAGUUUUUCAGAAUUAAUGAGCAGGCCUGUCUCUUGGGUCAAGCAGCAGCAUCCUUCACCAUUGCUGUCAUCAUCAUCGUGCUAGUCGUGUUCAUCAUCUCCAUAGUCUUCUUCCGCUAUCGCUGGCAUCUCCGCUUGGUGAUGUACGAGUGGUUCCAUCACAGAAGUUCACAAGAACAACUCCGUCACUUCACUAACGACGUCUUCGUGAGCUACUCUGAGGAGGACAGGAAGUGGGUGAUGCAGGAGUUACUGCCCGUCGUAGAGGGUGAGUGGAACCUUCGCGCAUGCGUGCACGAGCGCGACUUCAUUCCCGGCAAGCACAUCGUGGACAACAUCGCUGACUGCGUGCAGGACAGUCGCAAGAUUCUGAUGGUUUUCUCUCCUGAUUAUGCUCGCAGCGAGUGGUGUCAGUUCGAGCUGAAGUACUGUCAGUGCUGUGUGAUGGACCGUGACGAGGUGUUGGUGCUGGUGUUACUGCACGAGACGGAGUCACGUGACAUGACCAGCGCCAUGUUUGCAGUGAUGAAGACGACGACGUACAUUGAGUGGGCGAGCACUGUUGACGCUGCUAACUCCUUUUGGGGUCGACUGUCUCUAGCACUGGACUGCGUUAUCAGCUCAUAAACCUGGUCUUUUUUUUAAUCAAAAGUGCACCACAGUCUUGCUACAGUUCAUAGACAGGUAUUAGGUUAGAUUAAAGAUUAGAUUUAAGGGACAGAUUAAUAGUGUUGUCGAAGAGCUCCGAUAUGCACUGGACUGCAACACUCUGCUCAUGCAACAUUAAAUAAAGAUAGAGAAACACAUGCGUGUAAUUAAGAUAACAAUUAUAAAAAAAGCAUUCAUAUGACAUAAGGAAUAAUAAUAAAAAAUAAUAUUAUUAUUAUUGAGUGAUGUCCCCUCGCCUUACAGACUACAGGGGUUAGCUUUGUUGGAUUGUUCUGUCUACCAUCUGUUUUGGAUUUUUUAUUUACAAAUCACUAGAAGUUAGAGAGAGUCAAUAAUUUGCAAGUGCUUGUGCUUCUUUUCUUAAUAACAAAAUUUACUUUAUAGCUUUCAUUGUUCCUUGUAAUUUUAAUUAAGUUGAUAUCUUGGGCUAUCAUUUUUCAUGUACCAUUGUAUUUUGAACCAAUAAUUAAUUUCCCCCUUCCUUUCCUCCAGUAUCGGUUAUCGGCACAAGGCUACUGAUAUAAAGAGUGUCAUUGUUCUGGUUUUAUCAUCAUCAACUUGUGGAUCUGUUCUCCUUUACUUUCUCUGUGUGUUGGAUGGUCUGUGGCUUUCUGAGUUUAUCAUUUUUGACAAGUAAGAUCGAAGUUUUCGUUGAAACACAAGUAACGGUCUCCACAUCCCGCUGCUUCCUUCGUGGUUCAUGAUUUGUAGCAUUCACUUGUAUAAUUGUUGUACAUCCAGAUAGCAUUUUGUAAAAAUUUGUUUCAAUGAUGUCCUGCUUCAACAUCUGUGCUUGGAUGUCUUGAUGAAACGACUAAAUAAAAAAACCGCUUACAUUUAGAUCUAUGAUCGUUUCUUCUGGAUCUAUUUUUGGUGCCACGCAUUGUAGUUCAGCAACCAGAAUGAAUGUUUACAAAUUUGCUACAUUGUAAUGAAAUGAGUGUGCUUCUCCACUUAUAAGUACGUGCAAGUUUGUCAGGAAUUAAGAAUUUUCACCCUACCUCGCUUAAAAAAGUGCUGAGAAUGAGACAAAAGUUCUCGAAUGCUACCAGUCAAAAUUAUUUGGUUUUCUUUGUUUCUUUUGAAUCUUAUAAGUAAAUCUGGCAUGUAUUCUAAAAAAUUACCACCUCCUCCUUCUCCUCCUCCUCUUCAUCAUCAUCAUCAUCAUCAUCAUGUCAGAAUUUAUUAUCUUUAUCCUUAAUUUUUUAAGUUUACAAACAUUUUAUAUAAAUAUUCAAUGUAACUUAAUUAGCUGAUAGACGAAUCAGAAUGAUAAUCACUACAAAUUUGAUGUGUAUAUAAUCUGUUUGAAAAGGCAAUAAAGUUUGAUUAUAGCUACUAAGCCGUUACUUAAUUGUUACUAAAGUCAAUCACUACUGACUUCAAUAUAACUUUACUCCCAGAAACUACAUAUAUUAAUGUGAUGAAAUGAUUAAUGUAAUCAUUCUUUUAGUAAGAUAUGUGUUAUUAUAUUUUAAUAAAUAAA